UACAGAAAAAAAUUACGCGGAAGAAAAACUACAUACUUCUGUAUUUAACGAAAAACCAGAUGAAACAGAAGAUAUUGAAAAAGAUAAUGGUCCCCUACUAAAUGAUAACUACGGUGAUAAAGAAAAUGAUGAUCACACACCAUCACCAAGUAUUAUUAAAAAAAAUAUUUUUCAUGGUCAAUCUAAAUAUGAUGCAAAAAAACUGGCUGCAUUGCCCGGCUUCAAAUUAAGCUCGUCUGAUAUUAUCAAAUUUAAUAUAUGGCCCGAAGCCCAAAUGCCAUUCUUCAUAGAUGAGUUUUCAUAUGACAAAUUUCUUCGUGAAAAAAUCCGUGGCUACCUGGAAAACGCUAAAACUCUUACUGGUCUCAAUUUCGUGGAACUCGCCAGUCCACCUAGUGAUGAAAACGAAAGAUGGGUCUUCUUCAUCAAUCGUAGAGGACAACUGGAUUGCAAGGAUUAUUCCACUAAAUCUUUCACGAAUUCUGGAGUGCAGAAAGUAAUUAUAGGCUACGAUUGCCUUCAAAACAACGGGCCGAUGGCAGCCAUAGUCCUGGCGUUGGCAGGCGUACCUCCGCAACACAAUGCACCCAACCGGGACCAGUUCAUCAACGUCUCCAUGGAGUCUAUACUUCCUGAAAAAAGAGGUUUAUUCAAACGACUUGACGAUGAGGACUGGCUGUUUCAUGAUCUGGCUUAUGACUACUACAGUGUUGGCCACUACCCUUCACACAAAUACACUGCGGAUGGCUAUCCCACUAUAACAGGAUUUACCAAGCUAAGGGUCCUAUAUAUGAGACAUGAUGAAAAAGACACUUACAGCAGUAUAGACAUACAGAAAAUAAGAUUGCUUUACAAUAAUAUUCUACGAAACUUACCGCGUAAGGAUAUGAAGAUAGAAAUAUGCAAAAAGUUGAAUCGACUCCCUCCUCCCAGUUUUCCUAAUAUGAAAUUCAUGUCACAGUCAUCAAUAAUUGAAAUGAGAGAAUCGAAAAAAACAAAUCUUGCCGAACGACAAUCGGUGAUGGAACCUAAUUAUGCUAUACUAAGUUCGCUUGAAUCUUAUACCGAUAGGCCAGGAAUUCGCAACGGACAUUUCUGGAUUUGA